GGGAGGAGCGCGGCAAGCUCUGGCGAGAAUGGCGGUGAGGCAGAGGCGGCAGCGAGAGGUCGUGCGAGCGGUGCUGCUGCCAGCUUUGCUGCUGCUGGUGUGCUGCCGGGCGGCGGCGGAGCGGAUCAGGUAUGCCAUCCCCGAGGAGCUGCGCAGAGGCUCGCUGGUGGGGCCGCUGGCGCGGGACCUGGGACUGAGCCCGGCGGAGCUGCCGGCACGCAAGCUGCGGGUGGCGUCUGCCGCUAACAGGCAGCUGAAAUACUUCACGGUGAGCGGGGAGAGCGGGAACCUGUACGUGAGCGAGAGGCUGGACCGGGAGGAGAUGUGCGGCGAGUCGGCGUCCUGCUCCGUCAGCUUCGAGGCGCUGGUGCAGAACCCGCUCAACGUUUUCCACGUCGAGGUGGCCAUCCAGGACGUCAACGACAACGCGCCGCUCUUCCUACAAGACAAUUUCCAGCUAGAGAUCAGCGAGUUGACUCAUCUCGGCGCUCGAUUUGCCUUGGGCGUCGCCGAGGACGCAGAUGUGGGCAGCAACUCGUUGCAGGGCUACAAGCUGGAGGCCAACGGGUACUUCGCGGUGGAGAUGAAGGAGAGCCAGGACGGCAGCAAGUUCGCGGAGCUGGUGCUGCGCCGUGCGCUGGACCGGGAGAGCGAGCAGAGCCUGCGUCUGGUGCUGACGGCGGUGGACGGCGGCGAUCCGCCCCGCAGCGGCACCGCCCAGCUCUGCAUCAACGUCACGGACGCCAACGACAACGCACCCGUGUUCGCGCAGGACCGGUACCGCACAAGCCUGCGCGAGGACGCGCCGCCGGGCUCGACGGUGCUGAACGUCUCCGCCUCCGACGCCGACGCCGGCACCAACGCCCGCAUCACCUACGGCUUCGGGAAAAUGCCGGCCAAGGUGCUUCAGAAGUUCGUGGUGGAGGCGGAGAGCGGGACGAUCAGGCUGCAGGAGGCGCUGGACUUCGAGGACACGCGAGGGUACACGCUAGUGGUGGAGGCGAGGGACGGGGGCGGUCUGGUGGCGCACUGCGAAGUGGAAGUGGAGGUGCUGGACGUGAACGACAACGCUCCCGAAAUCGCGGUGUUGUCGGUGUCGAGCCCGGUGCCCGAGGACGCGCCGGCCGGCACGGUCGUGGCCCUGUUGAACGUGAACGACGCGGACUCCGGGGAGAACGGUCAGGUGUGGUGCGAGCUGUCGGGCGAGGCGCCGCUGUCGAUGGUGUCGUCGUCGGUGGGGUCGUACAAGGUGGUGACGGCGAGCGCGCUGGACCGCGAGCAGGCGUCCGAGCACCGAGUGACGGUGGUGGCCAGGGACCGGGGCAGCCCGUCGCUGUCGAGCCGCGCGUCGCUGGUGCUGGAGGUGUCGGACGUGAACGACAACGCGCCGGUGUUCGAGGAGGCGGCCUACAGCGCCUACGUGGCGGAGAACAACGCGGCGGGCGCGCCGGUGGUGCGCGUGCGCGCGCGGGACGCGGACGCGGGCGCCAACGGGCGCGUGAGCUACUGGCUGGCGGGCGGCAGCGCGGGCGCGGCGCCCUACGUGUCGGUGGAGGCGCGGAGCGGCGCGGUGUACGCGCAGCGCUCCUUCGACUACGAGCAGUGCCGCGAGUUCGCGGUGGCGGUGCGGGCGCAGGACGGCGGGGCGCCGGCGCGGAGCUCCACGGCCACGGUGCGCGUCUUUGUGCUGGACCGCAACGACAACGCGCCGCGCGUGCUCUGGCCGGCGGCGGCGGGAGCGUCGGGGUCGGGAGCGUCGUCGUUGCCGGCGGCGUUCGAGGUGGUGCCGCGUUCGGCCGAGGCCGGCUACCUGGUGGGCAAGGUGGUGGCGGUGGACGCGGACGCGGGGCGCAACGCGUGGCUGUCGUACGAGCUGGUGCAGGCGUCGGAGCCGGCGCUGUUCCGCGUGGGGCUGCACAGCGGCGAGGUGCGGACGGCGCGGGCCGUGUCGGAGAGGGACGCGGCGAAGCAGCGUGUGGUGGCCGUGGUGAAGGACCACGGGCAGCCGGCGCUGUCGGCCACGGCCACGCUGCACGUGGUGCUGGCCGAGAGCUUGCAGGAGGCGCUGCCGGAGCUGAGCGAGCGGGCGGCGGGCGCCGACUCGCCGGCCGAGCUGCAGUUCUACCUGGUGCUGGCGCUGGCGCUGCUCUCCGCCCUCUUCCUGCUGAGCGUGGCGCUGGCCGUGCUGGCGCGGCUGCGCCGGGCCGGGCCGCCCGCCGUGCUGCGCUGCCUGGGCGCGCAGCGCUUCUCCGUGCCCGGCGCCGCCUUCCCGGCCGACUUCUGCGAGGGCACCUUGCCCUACUCCUACAACCUGUGCGUGGCGCCGGCCCGCGCCGUGGCCGAGGGCGCUUGGCUGCCGCCGCCGCUGCCCAGCGUGCCCGCGGAGGAGCUGCUCGGCGCGGAGCCCUGCGGGAAGCCGAGCCCGAGCAGCAGCGCCGGCGCGGGAGAGCCGCCCGCCGACGCCCCGCAGGUGUGUAAGCCCUCUCUCGGUUGUUCUUGAUCUGUGCUGCACCUCCGUGCCUGUUCCCCUGGGAUUGGAUGGAGUGGAUGGGAGCUGGUGUGAAUGGUGAGCGCUGGUCCUUGUGUCCGUGAAGAAAUGAAAGAUUGGCAUAACUCUAUUCCAUUCAGAGCAGGUCGUUAG